CAGCAGGCAGGCCUAUUCUCGAGCACGCCGAACGAGUGAUGUGACGGGGUGCACAGCUGAUUUUGAAAAAUUGUUACCUUUCGACGACAAUAAUGUUGGGUAGUGGCGAUAUUUCGCGAUCAAGCAUCAUCGACGCCCGUUGCGCGGGCCCCGAAGAUUCCUGAAGAUGAUUUGACAUUCGAUCGAAUUGAUCGCCCGGCCGUUUUCUACGCCCCGUCUACGGAGUACGGACCGCCAGCAGCAGGUGGAAUAAUCGCGCGCGUGUGUCGUUUUUGUUUUGUCGUUGUCCGGGGACGCACUCUCGAGUCGAGAGCACCAAAGUGCUGAGCAUGGCGCAGGAAGACGCGAGUAAGUUGACAAGAGAGGAUUUUGACGCCGGUCCGUGUAGCUUCGAUGAGAUCGAGCCGGGCUUGUUCCUGGGCAAUCUCACGGCCGCCACGGACGUCGACUGGCUGAAGAAGGCUGGAAUAACUCAUAUACUAACAAUAGACUCCUGUCCGUUGCCAAGAAAGAUCCAGGAACGUCUGCCGAAUUUAAGCGUAAAGUACAUCCAAGUGACGGACAUGCCGCGGGAAGAUCUGCUGACGCACUUCGAGGACUCGUACGAUUUCAUCGAUCGCGCCCUCGAGUCCGACGGCAGGGUGCUGGUGCACUGUUACUUCGGCGUGUCGCGAUCCGCCACCGUGGUGAUCGCGUACGUGAUGAAGAAGCGCGAGCUGAGCUUCGUGGACGCGCUCCAAGUGGUGAAGUCGAAGCGCCGCUUCGUCGCGCCGAACCCCGGCUUCGUGGCGCAGCUGCGGCUCUACGAGGAGAUGGGCCACGGCGUCGACAGCACCAACGUGCAGUUCAAGAUGUAUCGCUUGCAGAUCGCCGCCGACAAGGUGCGCAAGGCGCGCAUCCUCCCCCAGAGCUGCGUCGACCUGGUGAGGCCGGAUCCCGCCCUUACGACCGUCCGCCCCGAGCCGUCGGUUUACCGCUGCAAGAAGUGCCGUCGCAUCGUCGCGAGCGCCAGCAACAUUUUGCCCCAUGCGCCGCGCGAGCGGCAGAUCUGGCGGCAUAUCAGUGCCAAAAGCGCCAAGGACGGCGAGAACUGUGACAAAUUGGUCAUCCAGAGGAGAGACGAGUCGGCGCGGGUCGAGCUCUGCGACAAGAUCUACUUCGUGGAACCGUUGGCCUGGAUGCCCGACAUCACGCACAACGUCGAGGGCAAAUUGAAUUGCCCCAAAUGCAACACGAAGCUCGGCUCGUACAGCUGGAUCGCCGGCAGCCAGUGUCCCUGCGGCAGUAAGAUCGCGCCGGCGUUUUAUCUGGUGCCAUCCAAGCUCGACUGGAGCAACGUUGUGCAGAACGUUCAGGUAACGGUAUAGUACUGAGGCACGGUGUAAGAAAUACUACGUUGGAAAUGUACCAAAGCAAUCAAUCUUGAAUGAAUUUAUGAAGAUGGAAAUGUUGAAUUUUAUAUUCGAUGAUGAAAUUUUUCAAAGGUUGAUAUACUUACCAAGGCAAUACAAGUCAGGAAGAUGUUAAAAAAAGCGUCGAAUACUUUUUAGAGACGCUAUAACGUUUUGGAUGCCUUGUAGGUAUCCUUUUGAUGUCUUUUAAAUGUUUGUCUUGUUAAAUUAUAAUAUCAUUAUGGUCCAAAAUGAUUGAUUGUACACAUUGAUAUUUAACCCUCGGCAGAUAUACAUGUAUCUUUUUAAGCUGUUAAAUUUUAAGUUCAUUCCAUGUAAAAAAUAUCGUUCAAAUUAAAAAAAAAUCUAUUAAAAGAAACAAUUUAAUCAUAUCACUUUGCGAACGUCAGGUCUCGCAUUAUUUACACUUUCCUUCAGUUAUACCAACGUUUUAUAUCAAGAGAUUUAAGAAAAGUAUCCGUAGUAUCUGCUGAGGGUUGAGAAUAACGCAUUCCAAGAGUGAGACAAAAUACGAAUACGAUCAAUAUGUACCGGUUGACUUAUAUUCUAAUCCCGUGCCAAUAUAUAUUUCGAUAUGUGUACAUAUAUACAUGUAUUUGUUACAUAUAUCUAUAUGUUGCGUACUUUUCUGAUUAUAUAUAUAUAUACAUAUAUCUAUCUCAAUGAGAAAACAUACCCGAAGAUGUCCUCCGAUCUCAAUGUUUUUAUUGCACACCACGUUGUCUUUAUCUAUACCGUCUACAUAUGUCUGUGUUAAGACCGUAACUUCGUGUAGAAAUACCAUUUUUCUGUAUAUCCUGUACUUAAAAUAUUGCGAUGUUCUAAUAUAUUUCCUCAUAUAACUUAA